AACAAGCUUUACAAUGCAUGAAAUUUUCAAAACAUGGAAAAAAAAUCUCAUCAAGUUCUUUCAUUUUUUUCCUCAAAGAACCUCAAAGAGUUCAAGAUUCCAAGACAUUCUGAUGAGCUCAAAAGCAUUGAUAUGAUUAGAUGAUUCUUGAUUUCUCCUGCCUGCAAUAAGAAAAGAAAGAGAUGACACAAGUUUGACUUUUGAUAAAAACCUUGAUGAUUUCUAAAUGAAACUGUGAAUAAAGAUUGUUUAUCGAGAACUAUCAGAGCCCCUUUGUUCUAGAACCCCUUCUCGCAUUGGGAAGAAAUAUCAGAGCAGCUUACAAAAAGUCCACCACAGGUUAUGAACAAUAGCAUCAUCCCUGGUUUAAACAAGUUUCCAAUUUGAAAAAGUCCACCAUAAAUAAUUGUGUGAAAAUUGCUCCAUCACAUGUGCAUCUUCUUCGAUUGAGACGAUCAACAGUGCCACAACAAAAAGCUGAUCGAUCGAGUCUCUGUGCGUCUGGCAAUUUUACAUAUACAUGGCGGACAAAAAGCAGCUCAUAUUGGUAGUUGAAGGUACCGCCGCUCUAGCUCCUUACUGGCGCACUAUAGUCUCCGAUUACCUCGAAAAAGUUAUCAGGUCCUUCUGUGAUAGUGAGUCUUUGAAACCAUCUGGGACUAUUGCUGAGCUGGCACUUAUAAUAUUCAAUGCACAUGGAUCUUUUAGUCCUUGCUUAGUACAAAGGAGUGGGUGGAUAAGAAAUGUUGAUUGUUUCUUUGAAUGGCUAUCAGCCAUACACUUCACUGGUGAUGGUUUUGGUGAUGCUGCAAUUGCAGAAGGACUUGGUGAAGCUUUAAUGAUGUUUCCUCCCCAAAAUCAACACAAUUUGGGUGUUGAAAGACAUUGCAUACUUGUGGCUGCAAGUAAUCCAUAUCCACUUCCAACUCUAGUUUAUCGACCCCCAAUGCAAAAAACAGAAGCAACUGAUAAUAAUGAAGCACAAUCAGAAAGUUGUUUUUCAGAUGCUGAAACAAUAGCUAAAGCGUUUGCUCAGUGUUCCGUUUCUUUGUCAGUUAUAUGCCCGAAACAGCUACCGAAACUCAAAGCAGUCUAUAAUGCGGGAAAAAGGAACCCUUCAGCAGCUGAUCCUACAAUUGAUAUUGUGAAAAAUCCACAUUAUCUUGUACUCAUUUCAGAAACAUUCUUGGAGGCUCUUGUUGCUUUAAAUCGAUCAGGAAUUACAAAUUUGCCCUCUCAAAGUCCUCUAAAAUCAGAUGCAACUUCAGCUCCACCAGGUGCACUGCAAUCAACAAAGUCAAAAUAUGUCAAAGUCUGGGAGGGGAGUUUAUAUGGUCAGCGACAAGGCCAACCUGUUUUUAUUACCAGAUUAGAAGGGUACCUGAAGGCAUCGGCUUUUGAAACGCUUGCAGCAUAUUGGCCACCAACAAUACAUAUAGUUCGAAUUAUAUCUCAAGAUCACAUGAACACCAAGCAAUAUGUGGGAAAAUCAGAUUUUCUAGUUUUUCGGGCAAUGAAUCAACAUGGAUUCCUUGGUCAACUGCAAGAAAAGAAGCUUUGUGCAGUGAUUCAGUUGCCUUCACAAACACUUCUACUCUCUGUUUCUGAUAAAGCAUGUAGACUAAUUGGAAUGGUUUUACCUGGGGUAGUAAGUAAUUUACUUGGAAUUACAGAUAUCCACUCAGCAACAGCUUCAACCACAACAGCAACAACAGAUUCAACAAUUUGCUAAAAAAAGAUUUAGACGAAAUGCCUAAAAAAUUAACAGUUUGGUCAAAAUUAUAAAAAAUAAGUUAGUGGGUCGUACUUGGCUUAAGAUCCGGGCCAAUUCAAGUGUUAGCCCAAGCCCGGACCCGUGUUUUGCGACACGACCGAUUUUCAGGUUGCCAAACAGGUCUUCUUAUUAUUAUUUUUUUUAGAAUUGGUCAACCCGACCGUUAAAAUAUUCGGAUUUUCAAUUUGGUGACUGCAACACUCAAAGCACAUAU